AUGGAAGAAUCAAUUUCUCAAGAUGAUGAGCUGGAUUUUAUUUGUGGUUCCAAUAUCCAGGUUGAUUUCUCUCACGCAAAUAAGUUUAAUAAGUCAUUCGAACAAUUGAUCAAAGAAGUCAAUUAUACUGAAGAAAAAUUAGCUAUACAUCCUCGAACUUCACCUGUCACUCCAAUCAUCAAUCCAUCUGAGAUAACUACAUCAAAUCCUACUACCAGAGAAUUUAAUACUAUUUUGAGUCAUUUCAAAACCUGGAUUGAAGAAAAUCGUCAUCAUUUAAAACGAUACAAUCGAAAACAAUCUGCUGAACUGAUCAGUCAACUUAUUGAAGCAUUGAAAAAGGAUAAUAAUUUGUUCGAUGAUGAAAGUACAGAAGAACUUCCACAACAAUUACUUUUUUCUACUUCAAAAGAUGAAAAUCAAAAUUUCACACGAUUAAUUAAUAGUUCAGUUAGAUCAAAUUAUCCGUUGAUCAAAUGUUUGAUUUGUGUUAUGGGACUUUGGGCUGUGAAAGUUAUUUUUCAAAAGAACUAA